CACGAAGUAACAACCUGCCAGGGUAAAUUCGACGUAAGCCCCUUGUACGAUGCUUCGUUUCCUGUGUUUCGCCAUGAUGGCCUCGACGGCGCACGUUGCGGCUCAAAACACGGAAUGCGCCAUGGCGACUACCAUUACGUCACUUCCGGCUACUCUCGAUGGCGACCUCGCCAUUGCGCCACCGAUCACGCAUUUGAGAACCGACAGCUGUGCUAUAGCUUCCACCGGCCCUGUUCCUGGUAAUUGGUAUACAUUCACGGCCGAAAGCGAUGGCUGUCUCACUGCCACCGUCGAGUCCACAAGCCAACCUUUUUUCGAUACCAUUCUCACAGCCUACGUAGAUGGUUGCGACGCAUUAUCUUGUGCAGCAAUGAACGAUGACAUUAGCAUCUUUCGGGUAGACGUAAGCCAAUUGAAUAUCAAUGUCGAGGCCCAGACGACCUAUCACUUCUUUGUUCGUGGACUUUUUCCGCAAGAGUUUGGGUCUUUUACCUUCAACAUCACGCAAGCGGACGGUACUUGCGAGAGACCUACCGGUAAUACUUGGUGUUCUGCUUGCCCCAACGGCGGAGUCGCGGAUCCGUCUGCCGUCUUUGAUAUCGAAGAAAACGUGCGCUGUAACGACAUGGGCGAGUAUUUUGAACUCGUCGAGGGAUCAGAAAUUUGCAUUAGUCAGCAAAUCGUCGGUUCUGUGGUGUGUGGAUGCCAGCCAGUGAACGAAGUGACUUGUCCGCUGUGCCCUGGAGGCGAAGAUGUGCCAGACCCGGAUCUUCCUGCCGGGACGCUGUCCGGUGGCACCACGUGUGGUGACCUCAAUGUUGUGUCUGGCGUGGAUAGUUGUGGGGCGUACAAAUCCGGCCUGGCAAAUCAAUGCCAAUGCCCCGGCUCCCCGGAACCUUGCAUUAUGUGUCCCGGUAGCACUACCUACGACCCCGCUGUCGUGAUCCUAAACGAAGAAGAUUCUCUCACGUGCGGGCAACUUGCGACGACGUUUCAGGAACUUCAGGUGCUGUUUCCGGUUACUGUCUUUUGUGAGCCCUUGUUGAUGGACUACUUGACGGGACUGAACGUGGUGGAUUUUUGCUGCAACGCAGCGGAGCUCGUGUCUGCGGUAGACGCAACAUUGCCUCCGUCACCAUUGGUGUUGACGGACGCUCCCUCGCCCCGUCCCGAGACAGAUGCGCCCGUUACCCCGACUCCGGUGUCCACUCCGGCUCCAGUCGGCGAGACUUCCCCCAUUGACACUCCCGCGACGGCUCCCAUUUCCUUCGGAUCCCCGGCUUCCAACGGAGUGACGUCGCCGGUGUUUGUUUGUGAUGGACGCUACCACGCCACGGUCCCGCCCCUGGGGCUGACGAGGGCUUGCCCGUCCGCUUCGACCAUCCAUCGCUCGCUAGAAAUGGAUGGAUCUAGUUGGGUGCGUAGUGUUCGUAAGAGUACCAUGGACGGGAGGAUUGUGUCUGCUUCGGGCCGUGGACGUGCCAAGUCCCUUCCCUUCAGUGUGACUCUUCGUAUUCUCAUUGUUACCAGUUUGGCAGUUGAGUUUUGGGGGGUUUUGGUUUGGGAAACUCCGUCCCGUCGGACCACUUUCGGGAACUCCGGAUCCGUGCAGACAUCCCCGCAUUGCGGACAUCCUCUUCCGACCGACCGACCGAGGUACCGACUUUUUGGCCAACACUUUCAUAUCCAAAAAAUGACAACGGAAUUCGAUUCGAACACGAACGACAAUGACGACGAUGACAUGGCGGAUCUCUUUUCCUUCGAUUCGUCCGACGUGCCCUUGGCGUCCCCCCACGACAUUGUUGAGACCGGUAUUGGCGCUGCCGACACGGCGACGGACACCGAACGUCCGCGCAAAGCGUCCAGUGAUUCCUUCCUUGCACUCCUGGAGAGUGCUACGGAAGGGACCACCAACGCAACCACCGCCGGUGCCCUGGGACGCCUAAAUGGGGAUUUGGGGGACCACGACGUGGAAACCCAAAAUAUUCUCGACUGGCUCGACGAAGACGACGUCAAUGCGGUCCCCGACGAUGACAACAACACACUCAAUAUUAACCAAAACACCAGUAGUGCCAGCGGAAGCGAUCCCACAGCCGCGAGUAUCCUGGCGGGUCUCCCCACGACCGAAACACCGACGUCGAUCGACGCUUCGUUGUCUAAAACCCCGUCCAACGAAUCAUCCUUGACCGUCACUCCGGUGAAGACCGCGGAACCAACGGUCGUCGCCUUGCCACCGGUCUUUGCGACGCUUCGGGAAGCCCUGGAAAGUCCCCAAGCAACCGUUGGGCAAUUACGUCACUUGUACGCCACUGCCCAUCCGGUCGUCGACGCCGAUCUGCGCGCCGACUUGUACUGUCGUAUGGUCUGUGGCAAAUCGCUCGCCGAGACACAGUCCAGCAGUUUGGCCGAUUCCUUCCAACACUGGCCAUUGCCGGAACCGGGCGCGUCCAACGCACCCGACACGAUGCUCCAAGCCUUGCCGGAACUGCCCACUUUGGCAUUGCGCGUCGCCACCGAAACGCACCGCGAGGUGUUGGACUGUCAAGACGAUUUGACCAAACUCCUGGCCUAUCAUUGGCAACAAAACAGCACCGCCGCGCCGUCGGAAGCCGAUUUACUCGUGCCCGCCGUGGCGGCGGUAAUCCUAUCCACCAACAUGCCCGUGGCCGCCGCGAGUGUUGUUCUGGCCCAGCUCCUGCCAGCCUUUACACCCGUACUCGCCCUGGAACCGCCGGAGCGGUGGGAGGCUGCGCUUUCUCUACACUCCGAACUUUACCUACUGGUCUGUUACCACCUGCCACUGCUGGUCUAUCAUUUGGAUCAGUACGCACCCGGAUGGCACUGGCCCAAGCUCCCGGCCUCGGUUCGCCAAAAACAGGACGCCGGGGAGACCAGCACCCAUCUGGCUCGAAAUUUGACCCGGCACGGACGGAUUCCGCCUUCCUGGACACUCAGUUUGGCGGCGGGAGAAUGCGAACACGUGGCUUCAAUCUUGCCGACGGGAUGGAUCUUGCAAUUGUGGGACGGAAUCUUGAUGGACGCUUCACAGCAACAUCAGGCAACUCCUUUUUUCUGGACGGUGGCCGUCUUUGAACAAGCGGCCGAUCAACUCUUGCUCCUGACGGGCGAGGAGCUGUUGGCCGCCUUGGACAAAAUCUUUCAGUUGGAAGACAAGCGCAGUACGGACGAUUGGAUGGAUGAGUGGCGCAUGCGAGUUCACAGCUUGCAGCGCUCGACGCCAGAAUCUGUCCUGCAAACGUUACGUCGAGCCGAAGACGAGACCGUCCAAGCGUCAAUUCGUCGACGACAAGAACGCGCCGAGGCCGCGAUCAAGGCGCGGAUGGAAGCGGAAGCAAUCGCGCAUCUGGAAACGCAGGAACGCAAGGCGGAGGAAGCCCGGGCACGCUUGACACGGGCCCGCUUGGUGGCUUACUACCGCAAACACGCUCCGGACAAGGAAGACAACAUUGAUCAGAUUCUAAAAGUUUACGCGGGUCGACUGGAUGUUUUGGACGGGAAGUUAUUGAAAAAGUACGGUGAAUCGUUCAACCCUGCCUUGAAACCGAAACAACCCAAACCGGUGAACAAGAUUGCUGCCAACCUUCUCAUGCAAACCAUGAACCAAGGACUCGGCCGACGGCCACAAGUUGCUUUGGAAGAUGUUUCGGGAGUCGCCGCCGGUCGCCAUGCCGACAAAGUUUCGGUGUUGGUGACGGCUGACGAAGUCUUAUCCGAUCUCUGUUGGAGUAAAGAAGCCGCAGUUCACCGCGGAGAACUCCGCCGCAAUCGAACGGAAGGUCGCAAGCAUUUGAAGUUUUAUCUUGUAGACAGUCGCGCCGAAGAAGCUGCUUUAGAGCAAGGCCGGUUUCCGACCGCUGUGAGUCUCAGCCCCGAAGCAAUGCUAGAUCCGGAACGAAUUCAACUGAACGAAGAAACGUUCGAAUCGCUACGUGGCGCGGUACACAUUGUCAUUAUGGGAGAAGGCUUUUCGGCCAUACCCAAACUGUACGGACAAAAGCUAUCUCCCAAACUCGAGGAGCUGAUGCAGCAAGACGAGUCGCGUACCGACAUUUGCGCUCUAUUCUUUGUCAAGAAGGGCUUUCCCUUUGUUUCCGUUUUGGACGGAGGAUUCGCCGCAGCGCACUCGUGGCUCGUUCGCGAAGGUCCGUCGUGUCACCUGAAAGCUGCUGCGGUUCUCGUGGACUACAAUUCGGAAAUGUCAUUGUUUGGUCAAAUGGAGACGCUCCACAAUGCUUCAGCAGCCGAAAAGGCACAACGGAAAAUGCAAAACUUGCUGGAAAAGUCACUGGUGUCCAUGACGCGUCGGGCCCAGCAAUUCGAAAAACUCGCCAACGAACGGGACUCUCGAGAAGGUCGGAAGAACGUAGGGCUGCAAUUUUUCAAAAGCAAGCAAGUAGCCGAAAAUGCGAACGAAGCCACGAAUGAGUUGCAACCAGCGGAUUCACAGUCAAUCGCGGAUGAAAAGAAACUGGCCUUUAAGAACCCAUUUAAAGGCGUAGGUAGAGCCUUGGAUUGGACUAGAUCGCCGGACGAUUCAGCACCUGCACCCGAGGCUCCGGCUCCCAUCGAUAACGGAGCUUUUGAGGCAGCCGAGCAAACGACGUCCGCUUUCAAAAAUCCAUUCGCCGGCGUAGGAAUGGGUCACGCGCCUAGUACAUCUGACAACACGGCUGAAACGACAGGUGCCUCUGGAACAAAGACCGCCAAUACCACAGCCACCGACGACUCGAGCAGCAAGGCUAGUGUUCCGUUGAUAAAACGUAAUCCGUUUGCUCGCUUUGGUAACAAAGAGAGCAAUCCAGCAGGUGCUUCUACAGACAGGAAGGGCGGCUUUGAUUUUACCAAUUUUCGCAAGAAUGCGACAGCUCGAUUGCUUUCGCGUGACGAAUUCGAUGCCGCUUCGGUGGAAGAGUCUAUUUCGUUUGAUUAGAAUUAGUAUUAGCAACCUGAUUAGUUAACAUCAGCUCUCAAGAGGCA